CAAAAAAAGUCAAACCUGGAUAAAUACUCAGAGAGCGAGGUACUAUAAAAUAACAUGGGAUGUGGGAGUUAUUAAGGAGUAAUUUUCUGUUGCUCUUUCUUAGGCUUGACUGACUCACCACCUCUGGGUUUCUUCUUCUUUCUCUACAAACAUGGGGAGCAGAAAUCGAGCUCAACACUACAUCACCGCCGCAGAGUCCGCCCUCGCCGCCCAGAACUUCGAGGAGUGCUGUAAGCAAGCCGCUCUCGCCCAGGAAUCCGACCCGACCAACCAGGCUCCUGCCCAGCUCAUCGCCAUUGCCGACGUCAUGUCCGCCUUCUCCUCCACCAUCAGCAGCGCGGCCGACGGAUCGGGUAAGAAAUCCGACUACUACUUCGUCCUCGGCGUCCCUCGUUUCACCGAAGAUCUCGACGCAAUCCAGUCCAGCUUCGAUCGCCUCUCCGCCCUCUUGAACCCUAACACCAAUUCCUUCCCCCUCUCCCACCAGGCCCUCUCGCUCGUCAGGAAGGCUUGGAAGACCCUUUCGAACCCUAACCAGAAAUCGAAAUUCGACGAAGAGCUGAGGACGAAGCUGAAAUCCCUGGACGGAUCGGAAACCCAGGCCUUCUGGACGGCAUGUACUCACUGUUAUUGCCUGUAUGAGUAUCCGGCGGAGUACGAAAACUGUUGCUUGAGGUGUCAGAAUCUCAGCUGCCAAUGUGUCUUUACUGCGGCGGUGUGCCCUCCCCCGCCCCAGGAAGUGAUUGAGAAGGGCAGCUAUGAUUGCCUGGAGGGCAUGUCCGUGGUAAAGACGAAGCACAAAAUGGCAGCGAAUUGCUCUAAGAAGUUGAUGGGGAAAGGGACAAGGGUCCUUCAGGCCAACGGCUCUGCUCCAUUGUAGGGGCUAACGGUUGUGUCCAAGUUCAGACAAUUUGGAUGAUUGGGUAUGGGAAACUCUCUUCCUCGCGUUAUUGUGUUUCUAGGCUACUUCAAAUGUAGUUUUUGUGCUGGUUAGAAUGCUAAAUUUGCAGGGCGAGGCAUUGCCAUGUGAAAAUUAACAGGCAUGUAGCUUCUUACCCUUAAAUGCAUUUAGGACAGAAUAUCACAGGCAUGUUCUUCAAACUUUCUUUGUGUAUGUUUUUUUUCUUCUCAAUAUUGAAUAUGCUCUGAUCUUCACCUUUCUUUGUGGAUGUUAUUGAAUUCUUUUCCAAUAAAAUUCACCAUUCAGG